AAUUGCAGGAACCGGAUACAAACACUAUACAGAGAAACACAAAUUCAUUUUUAUAAGGCUUUUGUACUGUGUAGCCAUAUCAAAUUCGAAACCACCAAUUUCUCGUGUUCGUUGAUCGGAUCACUCAUGGCGGACGAGAUUGAACUCAAAACAGCUCCUGCUGAUUUCCGGUUUCCGACCACUAAUCAAACGCGACACUGCUUCACUCGCUACAUUGAGUUUCAUAGGUGCUUGGCCGCGAAGGGUGAAGAAUCUAAUGAAUGUGAAAGAUUUGCCAAAUACUAUCGUUCGCUCUGCCCGGGUGAAUGGGUUGAAAGGUGGAAUGAGCAAAGGGAGAAUGGGACUUUCCCAGGUCCUCUUUAAUCUGGAGACAGCUUGAUUGGCUCAUUUUGGGAACGGGAAGUUAAAUAUUGCUCUUUUGCUGUUUCAUUGGUUAUCAUUGAAUCCUCUGAAUCAAUAAGGCAUAAUGGAGAUUCUUUUGAAUUUAUUGAAUGUUGAUACUAAAUUGUUGUGAAUGGAGAAGUUGCUAAAGAACUUUUAAAGGUCUGACUUCUUUCUGAUGCCCUUAA